CUGGUGUAUGCCAGUGUGUCUCAACCAACAUAUACAGAAAUCUUGUGAAAAGUACGCAGUAUGAACCAGACGAAAUUCGUAAUAGGAUUUAUCGGUCUCUUGAUGCUUAUCAAUAUGUGUUCAGCCCGCUGGCGAGUUCAUAUUACAAUCGGGAUUCGUAUUAAGAGGCACAGAAAGCGACGUUCUACUGAGGAACUGAAUAAGGGAAAAGAUUACUCCUUUAAUGUGCCGUGUAAUCUUAUUAAUUACGAUAUUGACAACAACGAUGUGAUAAGUAUCGAAGAAUUUGCCGAGGCACUACGACACCACGUAGAAAACACUGGUGUAAGAGAGUUGUUUGUUGUUAUUGAUAAAAACGGAGAUGGAAUUCUCGAUGGUAAAGAAAUUGAUGCGGCUAAGGAAUGUUGAAGAAUUAUUAUGAUGAAGACUAGAACCUACGAAGAUUUUCCGUUGCUCUAUUUUCUUCUGACAAUUUUAAUUCUAUUAAAGCAGUGCAAAAGUUUAAA